AUGCCAGAAACUGCCCAACAGCUGGAGUUUUCCAAAGUCAUCAACCGCUGGAACAGCAACCGGCUGGACCUGUUCCACAUCAGCCAACCGGAUGAGCAGAACCUGGAGUUUCAUGGCGUCGUCCGCUUCUUCUACGAGGAAGAAACUGAAGGCGGCGCCGCCACCAAGUGUCUGCGGGUGUCCAGCAGCUCCCCGACCCGACAGGUCCUUCAGACCCUUUCAGAGAGGUUCAGGCCGGACAUGAAGAUGCUGACGAGCCGCUACGCGCUGUACGAGGUUCACGGAGACGAAGAGCGGAAGUUGGAGCCGGAGGAGAAACCUUUGGUUGUUCAGCUGAGCUGGAACUCAGGAAACAGAGAAGGACGCUUCGUCCUGAAGAAAGACGAUGACCACGUGGAGGAAACCGACCGGGGGGGAGAAAAGGGAGGCGUUCUUCAGAUCUUUAGAAGGACGCUUUCACGAAAGGGAAGGAAGGAGAACAGGAGCAGAGGAGCAGACCGGUCCAGAUCAACCGAAGAUCUUCUGAACAACAACAGUCUCUGUUGGUCCAACCCCCACAUACAAAAACAUGAGGGGGAGGAGCUCCGUCAGCCCGGGUUACCGCUGGGAAUUUACUUCUGUGAUGAUGCAGAGGAAGCCUUCCUGUCUGCCGUCAUAAGUGACACCAGCAGCUCCACAGAUCAUUUCAGGCUGUCGCCGGCGUUCGUCCUCUACACCGCAGCACGAUUCGCUCUGCAGCGCCGUCCGGCAUCGUCGUCCUACAGAGACGGUGUGGCGUCCAUCGCAAACAAGAUGGUGACCAUGAUAGAGACGGUCAUCCAGGCAAGUCCAGACCUGAUCCAGUCGCAGCAGUUCAUGGUCGGCUCUCUGGCAUUUUGGUUGGCCAACUCCUCUGAGCUCCUCAUCUUCCUGAAGCGGGACAAAGACCUCGGCCCGCUCACACAGCAUAGUCAGCUGGACCUGUCCCACCUGGUGCACACAGCUUACAGCAAAGAUGAGAAACUGACAUCAUCCUUUACUGAUUUAUUUAUGACCAAAGUGCUCCGUGACGAGCCAAACAUCAAAGCGUUUCAUGACCAGAUUCCACCAAAGAACGUCCUAGAACCUGUAGGACCGUCAUCAGAAACGCGCUUCAGCUUUGAUCUGAUGUUUCCCUUCAGCUUCCUGCUGCAGAGCCUCCGGAACCAGCUGUGCCAACAUCUACCGACGUUUCUGAUUGAUCCCGAGCGGCACGGCGCCCUCCCAGAUGGACUAGAGAUGGUGCUGAACACCCUGAUGAGCAGCAUGUCUCUGCUCCGCCGCUGUCGGGUCAACCCUGCCUUUAGCAUCCAGCUCUUCUCGCAGCUCUUCCACUUCAUCAGCGCCUGGCUCUUCAACAAACUCGUGAGCUCGGGAACCAGCCACCCCGGCCUGCGCUCCCACUACUGGGGGUCUGCGGUGCGUCAGAGGCUCACGGCCAUCGAAGUCUGGGCAGAGAGGCAGGGCCUGGAGCUGGUGGCGGACUAUCACCUGGGACACAUCACACAGGCAACAACACUCCUGACCAUGAAUAAGUACUCAAUGGAGGACGCCACGGUCAUCUCGGGUACCUGCUUCCGGCUGAACUCCCUGCAGCUGCGGACGUUGCUGAGCGGUUAUCUGUACGCAGCCAAUGAGCCCAGCAUUCCUCCGGUGAGUACUUCCACACUAGAGCCUUCAGCAGGUGAGCCGCCCCUCAGGUCUUCCACCAGCAACACCACUGCACACAGUCUACCAUCCUCGCCGCAGGGCUUGAUCGAUGCUGUGGUGGGGGCCGCCGAGACCUCAGCGGAUAACCUUAUCCGGAGUGAAGGACGGGACAUCCAGAUGAAGGAGAGGCUGGACCUGCAGCUGCCUCUCCUGCUGCCGGAGGAAGGGUUCUCCUGCCACAGCGUCAGCGGAGUCCCGCAGGGCCUCCGAGACUUUUUGGAGCCGAUAAGCCAAAAAGGUCUCUGCUCGCUGGCGCCUCAGGCAGAUGGCAAACAGGACUGGACGGUGCAUUUUGGGGAACCUGCAGGCCCUGGACAGUGCACCUUGAUGGCGGCGCAGAGACAACCAACAGUUGAAAGCAUCACUUUGCAUAAACCUGUGAACAGCGGGAUGGGAGUCAGCAUCGUUGCAGCAAAGGGAGCAGAGCAGGAAAACCUGGGCAUCUUCAUCAGAUCAGUGGUCAGGGGCGGCCCCGCUGAAAUGGAUGGGAGGUUAGCUGCUGGAGAUCAGCUCCUCAGUGUGGACGGUCACAGUCUGCACGGACUGAAUCAAGAAAGGGCGGCGGCCGUUAUGAUGCAGACCGGCCCUGUGGUGACCUUACAAGUGGCCAAAUCGGGAGCGAGUUACCACGGCCUGCAGGCUCUGAUGGGCCCCCCGGCUCCAGAAAACACUUCAAAGGGGGGCGGAGAGGCGGCUCCAGAGAAUGGUCAACCGUCCGUGAUCGGCGGCAGAGCGAGGAGGGAGCAGACGAUGCACCGCUCCAGCCCCAACCUGUCUGGCUCUCACCUGGAGGACGGACAUGAACCCCCCAGCCCCCAUGUGAAGGAGAAGAAGCCAUGGGCUUCCAGAAGCAGCAUCAGAGCCGAUACUUUUUGCAGAGAAUACGUGACUCUUCCAAACCCAAAAUCCAAGGCGGUUCUGAGCGGAGUCCAGCCGACCAUCACAGCGUCUCUCAGACCUUUAGAGGCCCCCGGCUCCAAACAGAAGACCUUCAUGCGCCAAUCCUUCUCUCAGGACAACUUGAGCGUGGACAGUGAGCGCCCCCUGCUGGACAAAAGGCAGAACAAGUGGGAGCAAAAUGCAAAAUCGGGGAGCGUCUUUUCCUCUUUCCCCAUCCGCUGCAGCGCUUCUGCCCACGACAUCCUGUCGGGCCGCAGUUCUCCCUCAAAGCCGCAGCAGAGAGGCCCUGACAGCUGCGCCGGCGUCUGGAGAGCGCCGUUUCCGCAGCAGGCGGUGCCCACAGUCCAGCCCAUCCGCAUCGAUAUCCCAGUAACCAGAGCAGUUUAUGCAAGUCCUCCGCUCACCACCUUCCAGCAGAACUCCUCCAGGACCGGCCGGACGCUCCACGCAGACAGACAGGGUCCUUGGAGCCCAGCGGGUCGCGUUUUUUCCGCGUCUGCUGCCCCAAAAGCAUCAGACAAACCUCAGGUGAGCAUCACCCCGACGAAGCACGUGUCCUUUCAGGAGCCUCCUCCUCAGCACAGGAGCUCCGGCCCGGGGAGGCGCGGGGACCCGCGGGGGCUGAGCGACCCCUGGAGAAGGGAGGCGCGGGAGGAGCUGAGGAAGCAGCAGAGGCUCCUGGCGGUGGAGCGGCUGCAGCAGGAAGUGGAGGAACUUCAGAAGAAGGAGCAGCGGACAUCCCAGGAGAACGACCGACUCCGCCGGCUCAGCCUGGAGCUGCAGUUCCAGAGGAGACUGCAGGAGGCUCAGAGAGGGGAGGAGGAGGAGGAGGAAGAGGAGGAGAUCCUGAAGAACGGGACGUCACAGGUCCAGCAGAACGGUUCUGAUCCAAACAAAGACUGCGAGCGGAACCGGGAGGAAAAUCCUCCAAAUGAAGACGAAGCGACGUCAGGUGAGAACGGUUUAAUGGGAACCGGCUUCAGAAACAUGAACAACGUUCUGGUGUUUCUCUCAGGAACUGGACUGAAACAGAACAGAACCAACGACCCGACACCAGCAGAGUGAGUCCAUGGAAACAUCAGCACCACU